GAAAGAAAAACGAUAACCAUAAAAGACAGAAAGCGGUGUCGUCUUGAUCGCCUUCGACGUAAAAGGAAAAGGAGAAUUUUCAAUUAAGGAGAAGAGUUUCAUUUUGUAAAAAAAGAAAUUAAAAGAUGAGUGAAGUUUUCGAAGGAUAUGAACGGCAGUAUUGUGAGCUAUCGGCGAAUCUUUCCAAAAAGUGUACGGCUGUUGGUGCUCUCACUGGAGAGCAGAAGAAACAAAAACUUUCUGAUAUAAGAGAUGGAUUGGAAAAUGCAGAAGCUCUGAUUCGGAAGAUGGACCUCGAGGCUAGAAGUUUGCAGCCAAAUGUUAAGGCUGUACUUCUUUCUAAGUUAAGGGAAUAUAAAUCAGAUCUUAACAAUGUGAAAAGUGAAGUUAAAAGAAUUGCAUCUGGUAAUUUGAAUGCAGCUGCUAGAGAUGAGUUGUUGGAGUCUGGAAUGGCUGAUACCCUCACGGCAUCAGCUGAUCAAAGAUCGAGAUUAAUGACUACCACAGAGCGCUUGAAUCAGAGCAGUGGCAGAAUUAAGGAUAGCAGAAGAACCAUGAUAGAAACAGAAGAGCUUGGGGUUUCAAUUCUUCAGGAUUUGCAUUCACAACGACAGGCUCUCUUACAUGCCGAUAACACGCUUCAUGGAGCGGAUGACAACAUUGGCAAGAGCAAGAGAAUUUUGACAGCAAUGUCAAGGAGGAUGAGCAGGAACAAGUGGAUCAUUGGCAUCAUUAUUGCGGUCCUUGUCAUUGCAAUCGCCCUUGUUUUGUACUUCAAACUUGUUAAAUAGUCAAUUAUUUGUAUCUCUUCGCCCUCUUGGAUCUAUCUUGGUUUGUGGGUUUCUCCUGUGAGACGUAUUUUUAUUGUCCAUUUUGAGUGCCAAUAAAAAUAUAUGCUUUCGUUAAUUCAAGAGACAUUGCAUUUUCAUUUUCA